AUGUCAUCGAGCUCCUACAACCCCAUUUACGCAUGUCAGGACGAGGAUGACGAGAAGGCUGGAGUGAAGUUCAUGGCGAUCCGUCUAGUUGUGCGUUUUCCGUGGGCUGGGUACAUGAACGGCCAGAGCCUCCCGUUCGGUAUCAUAGCUAGCCGCGAAUGGCCACUGAAUGCGCUAAUUCCAGGCAAGCCGCAAAUGAGCGGAGAUGGCCUGCACUGGAUCGGUGGUGGAUCACUACUUCGGAUUUCACGGUGUUUCAUGCGAAGCAACGACGUGGAGACUGCCGAGCGGGAAAAAAGUGAAGAUAAGAGUGUGUCUACUGCCUAA